AUGCAUCAUUCAUCAAUUGGGUUGGCGAUUGAAGAGGCUCAAAUCGCAUUGCUCAUCGAGGUCCGAAGAAUUGGUAGAAGAACUACCGAGACACAGAGAUUAGACAUAGCCUGGCAACGUGAUCGUCUCCAAGGCCAGAUAGAUGGAUUCACUCGGUCUGCUAUUACUCAUCUCGGAGAGGGAUUUGAUGCAGAUGAUGAUCCUGAUGACUUGAACGUAGACAUUCUCGAUGAUCUCGAUGAUGACUUGGCAGACUUCACCGAGACAUCUGACACAUGGGCGAACUCCCCCGAGCUCACUGUCAUCCCAUUGCCAUCAAACCUCGGAGUAGAUCAAUGCAGACACUGCAUGGCAGAGGAUCUCAUUACACUGGAGAUGUCUCUUCGUGAAGGGCAGGCCAAUGACUCCCUUCACAACCUCCGAAUUCACUUGUGCAACAAGGCGAUUCUGUUCCGAACAACAGUUAGGCAAGCCAAAUCCCAGGCCCUGAAAACUCGAGCUUGGUCCCAGGUGACCUCCGUGCAGCAGGCAGUGUCCCUCCAUGCCAGUAUAUAUAUGAAGAUGAGGAAGCAAAUGAUGCAACUUGAGCCGGGGGAAGACCAGCUUCAGAAAUACAAACCCCUGCUUUGGGAGCAGCUCAAAAUCAGCGCUGCCAUCAGCGAUCCAAAUGCCCAAGGUCAGCGAAACAAGUCCCUCACUUGGUUCUGGUCAGUCAAAGUCGACCUGGGGGGUCCUGAUCACUCGUGGAAUGAGGAAUUUUACCAAGUGCAUUGGCUUCGGGCAAAGGCCCUACGGGAUCGAUGGAAGGAAGAAAUGAUGUUGGUCCAAUUGGAGAUGGAUUGGACAUGUAACUUUUUCUUGUGGAAAGCAACCCAAUGGGGUGACAGGAUGUGCAAAUCAUUGGUGAAAAACCUUCCGGGUCAUGCAUGUUACUCAGGAAGGCAAUCCCAAAUGUAUUCAUUGCUGGCACAGGAUGCCCAGGCAGCAUUUCAAGACCAGAAGAGCGGGUUUAUAGAGGCUCAAGAUGAAUAA